UGGUUUGUGAUGGCAUACAUAUGGUGUCGUUCUUUGAGUCUAUGAAUGCGAGCGAAAAAUGGAAAGAGCCACAUAUUUAAUCCCAGAAAAACUGAAUCUAUUUCCAUCUAUCAAUUAUAGCAAAUUCAUCAUCAAAAGAAUCAAAACUCAUAACAAAGCAGCAUCAUUAGUAGGACGUGUUAUUCACAUUAAUCAUCCCCAUUUACAAUUUAGCAUCAAAUGCUCUUCUUCUGAUGACGUGAAAGACGAGCUUCCUCCGAUUGUACGAAAGUCUAGUAAUGGAGGCAGGAGGAACCCAAGACGGCUAAUAAAACUUGCAACAUCGGACGGAAAAUGGCAUGAUAAAUGGACUAGUGAUUACAUUUUCACUCUUCAAGACUUGCAGUUAGCUGAUCUUUCAAUAGAUGGUCAGAAGAAUGCUCAAGUCUUAAUCACCCUCACUGCAACAAAGCAUUCAGGGUUUGGGUUUUCAGUCGAAGGAAGAAUUGGCACGUCUUUCACAAGAAUAUGCACUAAUUGCUCUUGUGCAUACCACAGAGAGAUAGAUGCAACGUUUGAUGUCUGGGUGUUACCAUCAACACGAGAAAACCGGUUGAGUUCCACACAAUUACCUGAAAUUGGCGGCGACGAUCCAUCUGUGAUUUAUGUGAAACCUGGAUGUGAAGCUGAUCUUGAUUCACUCAUACGGGACACGGUUCGACUUACAACUUCCGCUAAGGACACAUGUUCGGAGUCUUGUGAGAAAGCUGAACCAAGAUUGCACUAUAUUGGUGGGAAAGAGGCUUCUGCUAUAGAUGGGAGGUGGUCUAGACUUCUGGAGCUAAAGAAAAAACUAUAAGUGGAACCUGAUAACUUUUUAAAGCAGUAAUGUUUAUCCAUUUGGGUUGUAAUAAUUUAUUCAACAAAUUGUACAUAAAAACAAAAUAUUCAAUCAUGUCAAACUGAUUCCAACAUCCAAUUUUACAGCCAUAUCAUCAC